ACGCGGGCCUGAUUGACUCGCGUUACCAUGGUUACGGCGUCACCUUCCGUCAUGGCGACCAGGAUCUCGAAAUGGACGCGAGAACGAGGCGGCAGAAAAGAUUUCGUGGACCCGACGCGCAAAAGCCACCAACCUCUGAAAAUCCAUCUGUCAGAAAUCGAGACACGGAAGCUGCGUGGUUUGGCGACCGCCGAGGGGAGAGAGGAGGAGCCGAGAGAGAAGGAGAGAACUUUCGAGGGGAAAGAGGACUCGGUCAUGAGGAGAAGAAUCGAAAAACUUCGGGCAGAGUUGCAUGGCUUCGCGCUUCAUGAGGGUCACCCUCGACCGGCAUCGCAAACAGGCAUAAAAGGCGACGAAGAGGAAGCGGGGAAAGCGCAGAUAAAGAGGAGAACAGUGGAAGAACUGCAAAAGGAAGCGGCGGAAAGGAGAAGGACCCUGAGACGCGUCCGAAGCUACAUUCCUCCCAAGGUCAUUCCUACGACGCCGAAGGAACGAGGAAGGAAAAUUCAUGCAAAGAUGCUUCAAGAGAGGGCAGUGCAGGUGAAGGAGAAGAAGGGCAGAAUAAAGGAGAAGAAAGAAGACGAUGAUAUGUGGGGAGAAAUAGUUGCCAAGAAUCACGAAUUAUACCAAGACGACUUGUGGAGGGAGAAGUUCGCCAAGAUAGAAAACCGAGAUCGUUUGAAGGAUGACUUAGCUAAAUUGUGCGCAGAGAGGCAGGCGAGGGACGCGGCAGAGCAAGCAGAGCGAGUGCGCAUGCGCCAGAAUAUCGAAGGUAGUGACCAAGUCUUCCACCUGUAUCGAAUGCAUAUGCACAGACAGGCCGAGGAGGAGAAGCGGCGGAAGCGCGACGCUGCUCUGCGGGAAAUCGAGGGGAUCAGGAGGUGCAAGCUCUCGGAGGCCGCCCAGGAAGACCGGCUGAGGGACGAGGACCUGCGCUACUCCGCCUUCAGGAGAGCCUACGCCAGGAGGGUGAAGCAGAGGGUGCUGGAUAAGAUGCAGGGAAGAGGCCCGCGCCCCAUGAGGACCCUUAUUAGUCUCAACAACUUCAUGAGUGUUAUUAAGUGUUACACUCACACUGGAACCACUAGUCUUUGGCGGCUUCGGGGCCCUGGUGUACUUACACCAACAGCAGAAUAUGACCGCGCGGUGACAGGGAACAAGCCAGAAAGUGACAGUUUAAAUAGUUACACUGUAACACUGAAUAUGAGACACGAAGACAUCACUUUCUUGGCAGUUAAGAGCAUUAAAGACAAGAACAUUCUCUUUGCUUCUUGCUUUAAUGAAUAUUGA